AUGCAGAAGGUUCUAGAAGGUCAGAUGAGCUCUCCCACACCAAAUCCCGAAGAUGUCCGUCAAGAUGUGCGAAAAAUUAAGAAUCAGAUGAAUGAGGUAGCCCCCUCAUGGAGCCAAACUACACGACAUCCAAAGCAGGCAGUUGAAAACAAGCCUUCGCUCCAACCAUGGUUGAUGGAGUCGUUAGCUGAUCUAGGCUUAAGCCUACACACAUUUGUCCUAUCAACCCAAGACAUGAAACCUCAACAGGUGAGAGAUGUCCAAAUUCCGCCCUUCAUCAAUCCUAAUAUUCAAGAAGGGGGAAUAGCUAAAGAAAUGGGCAAAGAGCAGAUACCUAAUGAAGAAAUGGAUCAUAAGAAUGAAGUCUGGGAAGAACAGCUGCAAGCUAUGCAAAAGGCAAACAUGUCUGGUUCAUUGGAUGCUUUCAAUCCUUGUCUAAUGUCAAAUUCGAUCUUACCCCAAAAGCUCAAAGUCCCAAAUUUUGCAAAGUUUAGUGGGUCUGAGUGUCCGCUAGCUCACUUGGGGAUGUAUUUACAGAAGAUGGCCGCAUAUUGUGAUAAUGAUGAUCUGCUCAUCCAUUGUUUCCAAAAUAGUUUAACAGGGGAAGCUCUAAAAUGGUGUCACCAAGUAAAAGUACAUACAUGGAGAGAUCUAGCUCGCGCUUUUAUGACUCAAUAUCGCCAGGAGGCAGUUCUAAUUUCAAAGAGUAGGGAGGAGAAGACGAGCGAUUGCUCUUAUCAAAAGAGGGAGAUGACAGCCCAGAGUUGCCCUAUGAUAGGAAAAGGGAAAGUAGCUUACCCAUAUCCAUGUGUUGCCCAUUUCCCUAAAAGGACCCCCAAGAAUAGUCCUAAUCGGGCAGUCAUCCAAGAGCAAAUUGAAGAUGCAAUCAAUAUGGGGAAAGCAAAGUGCUCGGAGUCAGAACGAAGCCUUGUUAAAUGGGUUGAUAGAAAGAAAAGUAAGAAAGCCCAAAUGACACAAGAGCAAGGUUUUCAGACAGUCUCGCACAUCGAAUCUAAAAGCAACCUCGUUUUUAGACACCAUGAUGAUCAGACUGUACAUGCAAGCACAAGGCCUUUGGUCAUGACCGCCCAUGUUCAAACACAAGAUAGAGGUGUCCAGAGGAAAGUCAGAAAGAUAGACCGUAUCCCGAUGACCUACGCAGAAUUAUUUCCACAAUUGGUUGAAAGACAUCUAGUUGCGCCUACGCCUGGGGCGUUGGUACAGUUCCCUACCCAAGAUGGUACAACCCAAAUGCUUACUGUGAGUAUCAUGCUAAGGCAAUAG